ACUUAAUAUAAAAGAGAUAAGAAUUAGGACAAAAAUACAGUUUUUAUGAGGCAUAAUAUUUUACAUAAUUUAUUUCGACACUCUCAAACACGUCUAAGACUUCCUUGGUCAUCGUGUUCAGUCGCGGUUAGCCCACAUGAUCUUGCUAUUUCUCUUAUUUGGUCUCAACAUCGACCACUUGCAUUAUUUCAUCAAAAUCAGAAAAUCCAGACAAAUGAAUUAUUGGUUGUACCUGAAAUUGCAACUAAGCCAAGUAAAACAUCAUUUGUUUGGCCGGAAAGAAUACGACAUACAUUAAAUCUUCUUAAGACGAAUUCUUCAAAUGAACUGUUAUUUGAAUCAGCUUUGUGGCCCUUUCAGCCAUUCUGUUUGGAGAAAAAGGCAAUUUCUUAUCCUACAUUAUAUACACCUUUUUUUUCACCUAUUCUUUAUGAUUUUUAUGAAGAGAGACAAGCAACAAGUGUUAAGCGUAAACGACGACUUAAAAUGAAUAAGCAUAAAUUUCGAAAACGUCGUGAUAGACAACGAGCGCUUCGUAAACGUCUUGGGAAAUAAUUCAAGAAUAAGUUAUAUUUUAAUGAUUUACGUAAAACAACAUCGA